AGUGAUUGUUUUGAAGUCCAGAAAGCUUUUGCAUCUGAUCAUAAGGUAGCAAGCGCUUGUGCUAAGAGAGGCGAUAUAUGAUACGUUAUUGUGCACUGAAGCUAGCUUGCAAACUACAUAACCAGGACCUAAAGUUAGUUACGUGAUAUACUUAACGUCUGUCAUAUCCUGAAAUUUUGUGGUUGCUAACUGGCGAGUCCAAGUUAGCUAGCUAGUAAAUACUGCUAUAGCUAGCAUUAGUUUGCUGGACAACCGGCAAAUUUGUGCGAGCAACAUCCUACUCAACUAAACGUUAGCUAUUAAAAGCUAACAUAAAAACAUGUAUGAUAAUGUAAUUAACUGGUUUGCCUAUCUGCAUUAAAAUGAUAAUUUGAUGCAUAAACGAGCUUCUAUUCUAUUUCCUUGUAUGAACGUCCCUUAUAUUGACGUUACUAAAAACAGAAUUGCGAAAUACGCUGGUGUUUUGAACCUCGAAGGCAUUCUUGGAGCUAGCAUGCUAUGAUGCUAGCCUCAUCAUAUUGUAGGGUUGACACUAUCAAUGCACGUGCGCCUAGAUGCUAUGAUCGAGAAAGAUACUGCACAUUAUUCCAUGACUCGGCCUGACUAUAACCAGCUUUCUAGCAUACAUGGAACAGUCGCCGUGGUAUUCCUAGCUCAGACAAAAAAACCACGUCUUUGCUAACUACGGACGUGUUGUGCAUCGGUAACGUCAGCCCCCCUUGGAGGUCACAAAGACUGUGCCCCUCCCCCAGGAAGGUUGCCAUGGCUCCCAAAGACAUUAUGACCAACUCCCAUGCAAAGUCCAUCCUGAACGCCAUGAACGCCUUGCGGAAGAGCAACACGCUCUGUGACAUCACCCUGAGGGUGGAAGGCACCGAUUUUCCCGCCCACCGGAUUGUCCUGGCUGCCUGCAGCGACUACUUCUGUGCCAUGUUCACCAGUGAGUUGUCGGAGAAAGGGAAGUCCUUUGUGGACAUCCAGGGGCUGACUGCUUCCACCAUGGAGAUCCUGCUGGACUUUGUGUACACAGAGACGGUUCUGGUAACUGUGGAGAAUGUUCAGGAACUGCUUCCUGCCGCCUGUCUGCUGCAGCUCAAAGGUGUGAAGAGGGCUUGCUGUGACUUCCUGGACAGCCAGCUGGACCCGUCCAACUGCCUGGGCAUCCGGGACUUUGCGGAGACGCACAAUUGCCUGGACCUGAUGCAGGCCGCGGAGCUUUUCUCCCAGAAGCACUUCGCCGAGGUGGUGCAGCACGAGGAGUUCAUGCUGCUCAGCCAGGAAGAGGUGGAGAAGCUGAUCAAGUGUGACGAGAUCCAGGUUGACUCGGAGGAGCCCGUGUUUGAGGCGGUGUUGAACUGGGUCAAGCACAGCAGGAAGGAGAGGGAGCCGUUUCUGCCUGACAUGCUGGAGUUUGUGCGCAUGCCCCUGCUCACCCCGCGCUACAUCACCGAUGUCAUCGACACCGAGCCGCUCAUUCGCUGCAGCCUGCCCUGCCGGGACCUUGUGGAUGAAGCCAAGAAGUUCCACCUGAGGCCAGAGCUGAGGAGUGAGAUGCAGGGCCCUCGAACCCAAGCGCGAUUAGGAGCCAAAGAGGUCCUGCUGGUCAUCGGCGGAUUUGGCAGUCAGCAGUCCCCCAUCGACGUUGUGGAAAAAUAUGACCCAAAAACGCAGGAGUGGAGCUUUCUGCCUAAUAUUGCCCGGAAGAGGCGCUACGUUGCCACGGUUUCGCUGAACGACCGAGUGUACGUGAUCGGAGGCUACGACGGCCGGUCACGGCUCAGCUCGGUGGAGUGCCUGGACUACACGGCCGAUGAGGACGGCGUCUGGUACACCGUGGCAACCAUGAAUGUGCGGCGUGGACUGGCUGGAGCCACCACGCUCGGGGAUAUGAUCUAUGUGGCUGGGGGGUUCGACGGGAGUCGUCGCCACACCAGCAUGGAGAGGUACGACCCCAACAUCGACCAGUGGAGCAUGCUGGGAGACAUGCAGACGGCCAGGGAGGGGGCGGGGCUGGUGGUGGCCAGCGGCCUCAUCUACUGUCUGGGCGGAUACGAUGGGCUGAAUAUACUGAAUUCAGUGGAGCGAUACGACCCACACACAGGGCACUGGACGAAUGUCACGCCCAUGGCCACCAAGCGCUCAGGGGCUGGGGUGGCCCUGCUGAACGACCACAUCUAUGUGGUGGGGGGCUUUGACGGCACUGCCCACCUGGCCUCCGUAGAGGUGUACAACAUCCGCACUGACUACUGGACCACGGUGGCCAGCAUGACCACGCCGCGCUGCUACGUGGGAGCCACUGUCCUGCGUGGCAGGCUCUAUGCCAUCGCUGGGUAUGAUGGGAACUCACUCCUCAGUAGCAUUGAAUGUUACGACCCGGUGAUUGACAGCUGGGAGGUGGUGACGUCCAUGGCGACGCAGCGCUGUGAUGCGGGGGUCUGCGUGCUGCGGGAGAAAUGAUACGCCUGCGCAGCUUCACCAGCGCAACCGUGUGGGAAUAGGAAGAGCCUGUCUGACCCGGUGGGGGGUUGGGGGGGGCGGGGGCGGGACAUGUGUGCAAAAGGGCCCACUAGCUUUCCACAAGACCCAACAGACCUGCCACACCCAAAAAUCCUCCCCUGCCAGCCACCCUGUGCAGACUUUGAGAUACCCCCACCCCUCCGUCCCUGUUGUAACAAGGAGGGGGGCUAGAGAUAUUUAUAUCUGGACAUUGUUCUGACUUCCACGUUCAACAAGUCAAGGGCAGUCUGAGUUCGUCCUCUCAUCGCUCUCCAUGCAUGGCUCUCUUCUGUAUGAAACCCUGCCCCCAGCCCAGAGAGGAAGGGGCGGGGACGCGAUCCCAUGACAAACCACGUGAUUUUUUUUUAAAUUGCAGACUUGUCCCGGAGAAGUGCAAUAUUUUACUGCUGUGAUGAACUUUGAGAUGGGCAAACUCGGAAGCCUUCAGCUGCUGCCGUCACCAGCCUUAUGUUCGCCGCAUUUCACAGAGCUUAGUGGGUCACGUGUGUCUCCGCCUAACGUGUAGGAGAGCCUCAGGCAUUUGCCAUAAGUUUUUUGUGAUUGUUAAUGUAUAUUAUGAGUGUGAAUUUAGUGUCCGAAUCUGGCUUGACUCUGAUUAAAUGGGUAAAUGCAAUGUAUUUUUUUUCUUUUUUAAAGUAUGUUAGGGGUCUGAGAAAUAAAUCAACAAAGUGCUGUA